UAUUAAAUGGGAAAAUGGAAAACAUGCAGAAAUAUUGACUCGGCAAGAAGGGUUGACAGCCUAGCAAAAGGCAUAUAACUUCUCUAUUCAAUCAUGCCAAAUACCGAAGCCCAGCAGGGUGAAGAUAAGUGACUAAACCAGAAGUUACUGUCGUGAAUCUUUACUGAUUAUCUAAGUAUAACAGAAUAUCCCCAAAAUUCAAAAUGCAUGAACUGCAACCAAAGUUGAACUUGCAAACGUACAUAAACUCUUCACUAAAAGAACAAUUCCCAGAUAACAGCAGCUCGGUCAGUUUUCCUUACAAUCCUAUGUUGGGUAUAGAGGAAGAAUUUGACUAUCCAUAUUACGGCGAGGCAUUAUUGAAAUACAGAAAUGCAUACAAUUCCGUCCACGGAUAUCUGAGUUUUGCUUGCUGCAUUUUUGGAAUUACAGCCAAUAUAUUGAAUAUAAUUGUGCUGACAAGAAAAAACAUGAUAUCUCCGACGAAUGCUAUUCUAAUAGGACUGGCGGUUUCAGAUAUAUUUGUAAUGUCAUCUUAUAUACCCUUCACAUACCAUAAUUACAUAAGAAAUCAUGCUACUCAAGAAGAUCAAUUUUCUUACGGAUGGGCAAUUUUCACUUUGUUUCAUCAGCAUUUCACUCUGGUUAGUCACACGAUAUCAACAUGGCUGACAGUGACUGUAGCAAUUUGGCGAUUUUUAGCUGUCCGGUUUCCCCAGAACAGCACAGUAUGGUGCAGUAUGUACCGAGCCAAAUGUGCAAUCCUAGCCACUUACUUGGUUUGUCCAAUCAUGGGAAUACCUGGAUAUUUGUCCUCAACUAUUGUUCCAGUUGCAAGCAGAGAUGGAGUCAUGUAUUUCGUUCACUUCAGUCGUAUAUCCCAACUGCACAACAAAUUGCUUCAAAACAUGUUCUUCUGGAUUUCAAGUGUCACCAUGAAACUUGUCCCAUGUGUUGCUCUAACUGGAAUCAGUUUUGGCUUGAUAAAGGUACUUUAUGAGAGGAAUUUGAGAAGGCAAAGACUGAGAGCUGAUGCUGAUCGAAAUCAUGACCGAACAACAAGAAUGCUUCUGGCGGUGCUGAUGCUGUUCCUUUUGACAGAAUUUCCAUCUGGAUUACUUGCGCUGUUGACUGGGAUCCUGGGAACAGACUUUUUCAAUCAUGUAUACUCCAAUUUUGGAGAGACUAUGGAUGUUCUGGCCCUGAUAAAUAAUGCAAUCAACUUCAUAAUAUACUGUACCAUGAGUCAACAAUUCCGUAACACAUUUGCAAAUCUUUUCCUGCCCAGUUUCUUUAAAUCGCCAACUAUUGUAUCCGCUUCAACAGUGUAAUUACAUGCAUGUUGUCUUUGUCACAAUGUUGAAGCUCACUUACUGAUUGAUGAAAGUAAAUGUGUUCAUGUAUUAUGUGUUAUCUGCAUAAUAUUCAAGAAGGAAGUUUUCUAACAGAAUAUUUAAUUUCACUUUUGCUAUAAAUUAAAUAAACAUUUCAUGUGUAGUCUAACAAUCUUAAGGUGUAAUAUGAAGUUUUAAGCAGCAGCCAUAUGGAAGAAAUAUCUUUAUUCAUUUAUUACUUUAUAAUGAAGAGAAAACUUCACGGGUUCAAGUGUAAUAUAUUUUAAAAUUAUUUCUUUUUCACAAUGAGGGAAAAAAAAUUAGUUUAGUUAUACUAACAUCCCGUUGCAGAGAAACAAUAAGGCGAUUAUGGGAUGAACCCCAUAAUUUUGAACCGCGGUCCGAUGACAAGGAUGAGACCUGAGCAAGGAUGAGUCCUACCCCUUUGCAAACUUCCUCUGCACACGAGCGGGUGGGCGUUUGGCCCCUACGAAUUUAACAUGCACCAGACCUGCUUACAGGACAGUUCUUCGAUAGAAUCGUGUCUCGAACCUGAGACUUCAGUUCCGAAGCCGAUACCUCACCACCAAGCCACCGAGGUCCAAAUAAGAAAUAUAUACAUAAUGCAGGCGUUAAUUAAAUAAUUGAAUUGCAUUUUUACCCAUACAAUCUCAAU